GGCCAUCCAGCUGAUAAUAAGUGGCUAAAUGAUAAAUUAAUGAGUGAUAUGAGCUAGGUAUAAACAGGGCUGCAUUGUAUGCUAAUAGGCCUACUGGAGUUUGCUUCAUUCUUCUUAUGCUCUUAUGUAUUGCCUUAUUUGCCUACUAUUUACCGACCGCCCAAGAGGCUAUCAAGCUGAUCAGCGAAAAGUACAGUAAACUCAGUGACUAUUCAGCCGUCACCGGUUGAAUAGCCUUGAUAAUCAACUACACUUUAAACAGUUUAUUCCGUAUUAUAGGAAGCUGGGUCCCAGUGCUAUCACUAGGGUCCCCUGUAUAAUGUUACCAAGAACAUCUGGCAGGAAUCUAAGUACAUAAUAAAUGAAAUAAUAUAAAGGGUCUUACUAAAAGCCUACGAAAGAAGGAAGGGCUACAGACAUAUUGGUAUUACCUGACAACUUUGUGCAAGAAAACUUCCUUUUGGUGGAUGAGGCAGGAUACAGUGUAUGAUAUGAGAUGAAGGACAAGUUACAAAUGGCUGGCUAUACUACUGUACAGUACAAGCAAAACAUUGAUCAAGUUUAUGUAUAAUGUAAGCACUGUACAGUAAGUGCAAAAUAAAUUUUGUCUGUAAAUGUCUUUGACACUUUGUAGUUUACAAGUCUUUUAUUUUUCAGUGUCUAUAUAAGAAAUAAAAUUUCAGUAUUGUACUGUAUAUAGAAUGUACAUUAAUAGAAAUAUCACACCAAUGAACUUGAUAGAUUUAUUAAGUGAUGACUUGAUUUAGGAGUUUCAGUGUGUGUGAAAAGUUGACUACUGUACCAUUACAUGUUGGCUGAAAAUUACCCUCCUUAAUACUCACAGGCAGUCUAUUUCAAGUACAUGUGAGUGAUCUUACAGGGAAGGCCCAUGCCUUUUUUAUCAAAUUUAAGGUUAGAAAAGUUACUUCAGGGAUAAAUUUGCUUCAAUGGAAAAUACAAGCGUUCUUUCUGAAGAGACACCAUAUAGGUGUCCAGAGUGUCCUAAAGAGUUUACUUGUAGAUCCCAGAUGGCAAUACAUAUGAGGGUUCAUACUGGAGAGAAACCUUAUCAGUGUUCAAUAUGUCAUAGAGGCUUCUCCCGUAAACCUCAUCUAAAAGGACACAUGCGAAUUCAUACUGGAGAGAGACCAUACCAGUGUCCACAGUGUCAUAAGGACUUCUCACAAAGCUCUGCUCUAGUAAGACACAUGAAAAUUCACACGGCAGAUAAACUGCAUCAGUGUCCAGAAUGUUCUAAAACCUUUAAAGAAAGUUAUGAUGUAGUAAAACAUAUGAAAGUUCACUCACCAGAGAAACCAUAUCAGUGUCCAGAGUGUCUAAAAGAUUUCUCACGAAAAUAUGAUCUAGUGAGACACGUGAAAGUUCAUACUUCUAAAAAGCCGUAUCAGUGUGCAGAAUGUCUUGAAGGCUUCUCGAGAAAAUUUAGCUUAGUAACGCACAUGAGGGUACACACUGGAGAGAGACCAUAUCAGUGUUCUCUGUGUUUUAAAGAUUUCGUGAAAAAAUCUGAUCUAGUAAGACACGAAAGAGUUCAUACGAGAGAGAAACCACAUCAGUGUGUACAGUGUAAUAGAGAAUUCUCACGAAAAUUUGACCUAGAGAGACACAUGAACGUUCACGCCGGAGAUAAGCCUCACCAGUGUCUCGAGUGCUUUAAAUGCUUUUCACAGCUUUCUGAUUUAGAAUGUCAUAUUGACGCUCACAGAAAAGAAAAACCCUACCAUUGUUCAGAGUGUCAUAAAGGUUUUCCACAUAAUUCUGAUCUAGUUCGACAUAUGAGAGUUCAUACUAGAGAGAAACCAUAUCAGUGUACGGAGUGUCUUAGAGACUUUACACAAAAAUCUCAUCUUGUAACGCAUAUGAAAAUUCAUAAUGGGAAUUAAAAUCAUCUAUUUUAGAGUGUCCCAAAUUAUUAUUAUUAUUUUAUUGUAUUUAAUAUUUGAGAUUGGAUUGGAAUCUUUUGGUAUUAAAUGUUAAACCAGAUCUUUUAAUGUAAGACUUAUGAGAGGAACCAAGCUCUCUUCAGAUUUGUAUUUAUUUUUAAUUAUAUACUGUACAAGUAACUCAUUAAAUUAAAUGUCAUUGUAUUUAAAAGAAUCUUUGAAAUUUUUAAUUAUUGGAUAUUUAGACAGGUUUAAGCCCAUUCAGGUGUUCAGAACAAUACGAAAGGACUUAAGAUUCAGAGUUACAUUUACAGAUAUAUCAAGAAUAGUCUGGUAGUAUGACUUUGUAAAGGCAACCAGAUAUCCAUUCACAGUUACAGUAAACCCUCGAUAACUCGGCACAUAUGGGGCUCUGGUCUUGCCGAGUUAUCCCAAAUUCUGACUUAUCGAGGCAUUUCCCCCCUCCUACAAAAAUUCAACAAUAAAAAAUUAUCGACAUAUAUAUGUGUACACUCGGUAAAAAAAUUACCAUUACAAUUCCUGCCUGAAACAAACUGACACUACAAAAGAAGUGUUUCAAAAAGGCCCCUGAGGCAUUCCUCGCAUUGGUAGCCCUGUGCGUGUAUGGGUUCGGCCACACGUGCUCCAAACAAGGUUCAUGAACUCAUAGCUUCUCAUAAAGGUAAACCCAGUACUGUACUACGUUUUCCGGAAUUAUCGACCAUAUAGUAAAAUGUCGUUGGGCCGGGUUCCAUUAUGACGGCAUGCGAAACUGUGGAGCUAUUCAGAUGUUUGGAACAGCAUGGUAUAUUUUCCGAUACGAAUAAAGAAUGACAUAAUGUGGCAUUAGCCCAAAGUGAAGUAGCAAUACAAAACUUCAGAUUCUAAAUUUGGUAUCAAAAUAAUCUUAUACCUUUACUGUAUCCACUAAUUCUGCCAAACAUAUAAUGCAUUCCUAUAUGGCAACUCAUCCACUUCCAUGGUUACUAUAGUCCAUGGUGUGUGGAACAUUUAAUAAAAUAGUUUAAAUUAUCUAGAUAUCAGUACUGACUUUCUUCAGUUAUAUUGUAACAAAGUAAUUCAAUAUUGUCAAUGAAAUAGCUAAUUUCGGCCUACAAAAUUAAUUACGAAAUGUCUCGCAUUCAGGCCUACCGACCCUCGCAAGACAACGGGAAUGUUCAGUUGAAAAUCAUCGGACCCCACCUGUACGGUAGUUAUUUUUACUGAGUGUACAUGUAAUUUCUAAAUGUAGAAAGGUAAUACUUACCAGCACUGCAGGUGAAGAAUGAAGCAUCAUAGUAGUGACACAGAUGCAUGGUAGGUGAUGCAGGUGGCCAGAUAUGCUGAGAUUUUCCCAGAUAAUUUUAUAUAUCUCAGCAUUUCCCGAGUUAUACUAUAAUACAUUCCAAGACCAUAUCUAUGCUGAGCUAUAUGAAAUUCCGAGUUAUUGAGGGUUUCCUGUAGCUGUACUUGGUAUGCCAGAAGGUGUGAACUGGUAACUCUUAGGAUGAGAGGCAAGUAACAGUUAAAAAAGUGAAGGUGGUCAAGUACAGUACCAGUUACACUCACUGCCUCCUUGUGUACCAAACUAGGCAAACUGAAUAAUAUGCUAUAUCUGCAUUUACCCUCAACGGACUGGUCUCUCAGGCUUAUGAGACUCACUUUCACUUUUACCAUGACAUGACAAUACAGCCAGUUCAUUCAUGGUGUUUCUGUAUGUGUGACAUUAAAUUCCUGGCUCUGAAGUCCUCAAUGUUCUCUGAAAGUUCAAAUGGCUGUAAUCCCGCUCCUACUGUGCACCUAUCAUAACUUUCAUUUUCAAGUCCAUACCAAUAACUUUCCUGGUCAACUCGGCUACUGAGCCUGAAAUUUUUACUCAGCACACACAGGAGAUUACGGGAAAGGAGCGAGUAUAGAGACAGCCGACACAAAUUUUGGCAGGUUAUUCAUGUUGAUCAGAUGAGAAUGUAAACAAAGAUGGUUGUUUACACUCGCUCCAAAAGGUAUGUUUAUUAUAUUGUGCGAGACAAUAUGACACAACUGAAGAUUGAUUUUUGACAACCCUACCGAGCCAAUAGGUGUGAGACAAGGCUCCGCUAUAAAAGAUCUGCCUGUAUAACUUCUCAAUUUAUACAACUCUAAACAAAAUCACAAUCUAUGCUAGUUUAAGAUCUGUGUGAGGACAACAUAGACACACUCAUAUGUAAGACCGCACAAUAACCUGGUGUUAAGUCUGGGCUUUUAGUUAAGACUUAGGUGCUUAUUAUAUGAAUACCUGUAGUACUGUACUUGUUAAUGUUGCCUCUACAUUUCUCUGCUAUGUAAGACCUGUUAGUUUUAUAUUUAAUAAUUUUCAGCUGUGCCAGGCAUUUUAUCUAUAGUACUGUACUAUAUAAGAGUUUCAUAUGUUCUAAUUCUUACUUUAUUGUAUUUUCUGUAUUCUUUUAUUUUUAUAUUAGCAUAGUUAAUUUUUGUGUGCUUGUAAGUGUCAAGUGAGAAGUACCCCCGUGUAUAAUCUUUCAUUUAAUAUGUACAUAAGUGGUCAGUUACAGUAACAUGUAUAAAUGUAAAAUAAUGAGUUGUGUGUGUGUGUGUGUGGAUCUAAAAAAGUAUUGUCAUUUCCACAAAAAACAAUAUUUCCUUCUCUUGGUGAAAAGUUAACGUUACUUGUCUGCUCAUUAAGAGUCAAUAGCAUUUGAUAGACCUUGAAAAGUAUGGGAAGUGGUUGAAAGGUUCUGCAAUGUGGGUAAAGCAAUACAGUAGAGUUGUAACUUUUGGGUAACAAUGUUGGAUACAGUAUUUAUGUUUGUUAUUUCGAAUACAGGGUGUAAUGUUAUACAGGUUUAUUUAUUUUCAGUGAAAGUUUGAAAUACAUGAGAAAAUUACAAGACGGUUCCAUAGAAAAAAUAAUACUGUAAUGCAUUGUGGGAGUGUACAGGUGUGGGCAUAAGACCCCAAGCAGGUCAGUCUUCAGGUACUGUACCUCUAAUUACACACCUGUAACCCAAGUCAAGAGCUAGAUUACCUUCACUAAGAGUUAGAAAUUAAACCAUUGAAAUUUUUCAUAGAAUGUAUAUUUAUUUACUUUAUAGAUGAUAGCAAUAUGUACAUGUAAUUAUGUAGUGUAGAUCUUUACUGUAAGAGUAUAUUCUAUAAUCUAAUCAAAUUUAAUUGUAAUAAACGCAAGUGUAACA